UUAGAAAAAUCCAUCAUGGCGGUCACUCAGACGACGAAAUCUUGAUUUUCGAAGGUUUCUUGCUUUUUCCCGGUCUAUCAAUGCAAAAGUCCGAGCCGCAACAUUAAUUAACAAAGGUUGAGAGUCCUGGAAAUGAUCUGGAGUGAUUUGGAGACGAUCAGGAUGUUUAUGUAGCCAUGCCGCUGUUCAAAAGGAAAUCAGACAAAAAGUCAGCCAAGGAUGCAGCACAGAGGAAGACAGGGUCAAACCCGGCCUCCCCAGCAAAGAAGGUCGAGGGAAAGGCCAACAAUGUCCCACCGACUGUACAUACUGGAGGAGCCAGGCCCAAGAUACAGGCUGCAAAGAUACAGAGUGAUAGAAGUCUUACCCAACAGGACACACAGUUUGGAGAUUUAGGCCAUUCCCAUCAAGGAGUCACAGGGGUUCAUGGCAGGUCACGGCUCAACAUAAGUCUGGAAGAACUUUUACAUGACAACAGCGCCAUCCCGUAUUUCAUCCAGUACAUGGACACUGUGGGGAGGCAACACAUCAUCAAAUUCUGGAUUGAAGUAAACAGCUUUCGCAGUGCAGCUUGGACCAGAAUUCGGGCACAUACCCUCACCUCGAUGAGCAAGAGCUUGAUAGAACAGACUGGGUCCCCACCUUUAGAUAGGAAAAAAUUGCCAACAGAUUCGGACACAAAGACAUCACAGUUAGCAAAGGACAGUAGUUCUAAAGAGAGACUAGAGGACGCAAAUAGUAAUGAGGUCAUUCAGCGGGCUCUUCCAGUGGACAGAAAUUCUGUGGACUCGUUGCAGUCAUUACAAUCAACAGAAAGCGUAAGGACUUCACACAGUGCAAUUUCUAACGGGGACUCAAGUGCAAAGGACGAUUCUGGGAUGGAGGACAAGGAAAGUAAGGGAAGAGAGACCAGUAUAGAGGACAGAAGAAAGAACACUGAAGGUGACAGUUUAAAGAAAGCCAUAGAAAGAGAUGCCGUCAGUAUCUAUUCCAAGUACAUAGCGCAGGAUGCAGCCAAACCCAUCGGAGUCACAGAUGAGAUGAGGAACUCUAUAGUAGCUAAGAUCUGUAGUGAGGACGGCCAUGUGGACCCCAACUGUUUCCAGGAGGCCCAGGAGUUUGUUGUGAAAGUCAUGGAGAGAGACCACUACCAGUCCUAUCUGAAGAGUGAGUUCCACUGUAAACACCAGAUUGAUGUACUGACCAGCGGUGAUGUCUUUCUUGCUGACAUCCUGUAUAAUGACACAGCCUUGUUCUACUUCAUGGAGUUUAUGGAACAAGAAGGAGCCAUGAACCUGCUUCAGUUCUGGCUGGCUGCAAACAACUUCCAACAGACGCUCGCCUCCAAGCAGGGGCAGUAUGACGGGCUGGAGGCACAGAACGAUGCCAUGGUGCUGUAUGAUAAGUAUUUUUCCUUGCAAGCGACCACCCCUCUUGGCGUAGACGAGGCCACGAGAUUUGAGAUUGAGAACCAGAUCUGUCGUGAGGGAGGCCCCCUGCCGAACUGCUUUGAGACACCGAUGAGACAAACCCUCACUACCAUAGAAUCUAUGUAUUUCCCCACCUUCCUGACCAGUGAGCUGUACUUUAAGUACCUGAAUGAGCUCAUCAACACCAUCAAGACCGACGUGAAGAGCACAGGCAGCCUUCCCUCCCCCAGCCCACAUCACAAGGGUCAUCGACGCCAGGGUAGCAAUGCGAGCAGUGAGGCUGGGAGUGUAGGGAGUUCUAACACCACCACCACCAACACACUGUUAGCUGGGGGGGUCGUCCACAAGCAGGAGAAACAGAGCACCAAAGUCAUCAAGGGGCUGGACAACGACUUCAGGAUAGACCCUCAUCAGUUCAACCCUGACCAGCUCUGGCAAAGGCCAAAUGUUGGGAAUAUGUCUGUAGGCAGAAUGAAUGAGUUGGGCCAGUUUAUACCAGAGUAUGAAGUCCUUCCAGAAUCUGAGAGAACCAAACAGUCUUCAGCGUCCAAAUUGUGGAAAAAAUAUGUAUCUCGCGAACCGGACGAGGAAAAGGAGGAGAUGGCGUGGAAAAUUGCUCAGAUGAUUGUGUCGAACAUCACGCGGCAGACGGGAGGCGAAGAGCUGGAUUCGCCGGACUCCGACAGCUGA